AAGGAAAAAAUUCUGAGAUGCAGAAAGGCUUAUUUGCUGCUGCAAAUGGGAAUCUGGAAUAACUAUGAAAAACACACUGAAAUAAUUGUGUUUGACUGGAACAAAAUUCUUGCAAAGUCCCCAAGGAUGAGAUUCUGUGCCAAAUCAAUGCUUCUGUCUGACUGGCUCUUUCUGCUCUAUGUGUUAAUGGUCUGCUGUAAAUUGUUGUCCGCCUCUAGUCACCAUCCCCGGGGGCACACAGGGCAGCACCAGGUGAAGCAGGGCACGUGUGAGGUGGUGGCUGUGCACCGGUGCUGCAACAAGAACCGGAUCGAGGAGCGCUCCCAGACCGUGAAGUGCUCCUGCUUCCCAGGCCAGGUGGCCGGCACCACGCGGGCCCAGCCCUCCUGCGUGGAAGCUUCCAUUGUCCUGCAGAAGUGGUGGUGUCACAUGAACCCCUGUUUGGAUGGAGAGGACUGUAAAGUACUACCAGACUAUUCAGGUUGGUCUUGCAGCAGUGGAAAUAAAGUCAAAACCACAAAGGUAACACGGUAGCAAAGGCUAAACCUGAGGGCCACUCCCAGAACUAUGGCUCAUGGAACUGUUCCUUGGCUGUCACACAGAGACCCUUUUUUGUCAUGCUGUUAUUGACUUCACCCUUUGAACUUGCAAAGGAGUUGGGAAAAAGGGACAGCACUUCUCCUUUGAACUGUGGCUGCAGCUCCUGAACCUGGAUUUUGCUAUAUUGGUACAUUACAAUCUCACAAGAAAAAUCAGGGAGAUUUGGUUCUGCCUGAAAUGCACCUCGGAUUCCCAAGGAUCUGAGACCUGGCUGAAAAUUGUGGAAGAACACACCUGAACUUCUUGUGGUGCACCAAGGAUAAGACUUUCCUAAUGACACAAAGAUAUGUAAAAUUGUUUUAAAUGAAUUUAGGUCAUGAAUGUAACUUAGGGGAUCAUAGAAAGAAAAUGCUGAUGCUAGAACUGGUACAGAUGAUCUCUAAGGUCUUUUCAACCUCUAUGAUUCUAUGGAUUUGUCUGAGGUGUUUCUUGCAUACAGUACAACAUCAAAAUACAAAGCUGAUCCCAGUGAAUUGAUGGGACCGUGUUAGUAAAUUAUGUCUUAGUGUAUUUUCAACUGUAAUUUAGUACCUAUCAAGGUGGUAUGAAGGUGAAAAGAUGGAACUUAUAGAAUUAGUAGCAAUUAUUGUAGGGCAAUAAACUUUGGUUAUAGCUGUGCAAUUAGAUUUAUUUCCUUAGAUAGUUCUAGGUAGUUUAACCUUUACAUUCAUAAGUGAUGACAGGAAAGCAUGAGGAAGAGAUAAAAUUUGAAAGCAGGCAUAGUUUUUCUUGUCCUAAAAUAAAUCCAUUCUCUAGGGGAAUAGCAAAGUAUACAUAUUCCUUGCCUCUUUGAAUCUAGAUAUGGGAAAGAAUUUAGCCAUUAGCUAAAAAUAUUCAUUGAGAUGCCUCAAAAAAAAGGAGAGCAGGCUUGUACUGCAUAAGGAAGGCUUACUGGAAUGGGAGUAAUUUGUUUGGAUUUUCAUUGCUUUGGUUAUAUCCUAAUAGGUAACAUACUUAAAAUUCAUAAGCAAAAUUCUAGAUAAAAGUAAAUUUUCAGUUUCAAUCAGUUCUUGUUUAGAAUGAUUAUAAUAAUUAAAUGUCCAGUUCCUUGACAGACUGAAUUUCCAAGUGGUUACAUUUUGAGACACGUAAUUGUUCCCUAUUAUUGUAGAUGCAUUUCAUGCUCUUUUUCUUAUUUGCCUGUUAGAGAUUUUUUGUCAUCAGUCUUCAUAAAUAGAAUAGAGGGUAGAGUUGAAGCUGCAGCCGGUCUGCUCCCCCUGACAUUGCAGCAGACUGAAGUGCAGUGGUGCAGAUGAACUGCUGGUGACCCAGAGACAGAAGUCAUUGUUAUGCUUUAUGUAAAUAUUGGGGUAACAAUGCACAUCCAAUUUUUAUACAGACUGAAAGGUGGAAAAAAAAAAGCUGUCUAGUACUAAUGUAAGUCAUUGUGCAUAAGCUCUCUAGUGUAGGGGAAAGAUCCCAUCAGCAGUGGGAAGCUGUUCAGGGUCAUAAUUAUUAAAUUCUGAUUUGCUGGAGUGGGAGCAUUCAGCCAGUUAAGUCCACCAGAGUCAGUGGUGGGAGGAUCUGGCCCUGUGUUUUUUUGGUUUUGAUUUCCUCGGUUUAGGUCACUUUCCAUUAUGUAUUUGAUUACAGCUGGGAUCAUAGUGGUCAUUGUACUCAGUGAUAAGCAAACAGGAGAUUUUCUGCUCUGUGCUUGGACAGCUGAACAGUUAAUAGACUCUGCUUGCCCUAAUGAGCUCUACAUUCCCAAUAUUUUUCCAUUGUUUUGA